GCUAAGUCAAAUCGUAAAUGGUAAAUCACACUCUUUUCGAACGCCUUUUGUCCGAUUUGCUAACCACACCACCUCUACAAUCAGCCGGACAACAAGGCAGUGUACAAGAACAACCACAACAACAGCAGCGGCGUGGCUCUGACCUCUGCCAGAUCGAGACCAUCGACGACGGCCUGGGCGAUGAAAUCCAUACAUCAGCCUCACCGCAAGACAUUUUACAACAACUACAGCACCAGAUGCAGGCCGGAUCGCCACGCAUCUUCCUGAUCCUAGACGCAAGGAGUACUGGCAAUGCAGUCGGGCUGAAAAAAUAAUUCUCCAGUAUACAUAAACUACUGUAUUCCACAAACUACUGAAAUAUUAGCUGCCUAUGUUGGAUAGUUGCCAAUUGCAGAUACAUGGCCAUAAACCGCCAGCCAGACUACAAAGUGCGCAUACGCACUGUGGACCAGCUGCAAGCGGCAGUUGCAGUGGCAAGUUUUGUGCAAAUUAAUGUGACAUGGCAGCAAUUAGUCGGACACAGUCCCGGUCCGAUCUGCUGCUAAAUGAUUUAAAACUUGUGCAAACUUUGGUCCUAUGCUCGCACUGUUUGUCUGCAACAUUUGCGAAAACUUUUAAUUACUACACACUUGCGAGUUGUUGUUCAAUUUGUGCGCGAUGCUGCCAGAUUAUAAACUUUUGUCGAGUUCAAUUAUGUACGCCGAAUCGAAAGCAUUGUGUGUUCCAAUUUGCUGAGCAAACUUUUCUGGCGGCUUUCUGGCGGCCCAUUUUGAUGUGCAAUUAGUGCCCGAGAGAGGCGGAGAGCGAAAAUGGAACCUGGGCAGCGUUAAUUUUGUAUGGGCUCAUGCUCAUUUCGGCGAGCGCCAGUAGCCCUAGCAUUUUAUGUCAGAAAAUUAAUCGGUCGCCAUGUUUCAAACCGGAAGACACUUUUGGCCCUUCAAAUCGAACAACCCCGAGCAUCGCCGGCGGUUCGUUCUAAAGGUUUACCUACAGUUUGUGUUCUUUUUACUGAUUGCUCUUUUUCACUGGGUCCUCAUGAUAACAGUUUUGGGAACGUGGACCGUUUGGCUGGUGCGCGACCAUUCUGCAGCCCUCAUUCUGGCAUUUGCCGUAGGCAUUUUCCUAUUUCUGCUGUUCUCGCUCAGCCGUCAGAUGAGGAGCCUGUGCUUCUUGAACUGGCUGACGACUUUGGUUAUCGUGGAGUUUCUGGUGCAGCCCAUGGCAUUGCUAAUCGUUCCCACGGACCUUCUGUAUCUGCUGGCCGGCUUUCUGAUCGUCUCACUGGUAGUCGUCCUGUUCACGCUCCUGGCAGCCAUUAUGCCGUGCGAUCUUACUGAGGGAGGGAUCUUCUUUUUAAUUCUGUUCAUGAGUGUCUUUUUGCUGGGCGUGUACUGCAUUGUGCUUUAUUCAGUCAUCGGCCUGAACUGGUCGUUUUACGUCUUCGCUUUCCUCUUUGCCGUUAUGCUGUUGGCCUUCCUAAUGUAUCAUGUGCAGUGCAUCAUGGGAGGCAGAAGCACUGAGGCCGAGCUCGCCGAUGACAAGUACGCGGCGCUCCUAUUGUUCAACGAAUUCGUGGCUUUGUUUAUGCUAUGCCUUUACUGGCGACCCAAUAUGGACCACGUACCAACAAUGAGCAUAUGCACCACCACAAGUUCGUCUUAAGUAAUCUAAUGAGUGCC